AUGGUAGAUCCCAGUCUUGAUAUCAAAAUUACAUGUCAAAGCAGUAUCAACCCUGGUGCAGCAGCUAUUGAUGGUCAUCCAUGGCGAAAUUGGAAAAUACGAUUAGUGGCAAUGGAAGGAGGUAAAGAACAUAAAGGAAAAUUGACUCAUGUAUUGGAUCGUGUGGAAUAUAUAUUACAUCCUACUUUUGAAAAUCCUCGUCGUGUGGCUAAUUGUGAACCUUAUAUGCUACAAGAAAAAGGAUGGGGUGAAUUUGAUUUACGUAUUGUACUAUACUUUAAGGAUAAUUUGGUAUCUCCUGAAGUGAUCUCGUUUGAUUUGAAUUUUCGAGCUUCCACUUAUUCUGUGAUUCAUAAAAGGUUUUUUCCAGAUGCACCACCGGAAUUCAUGUCUUUACUAUACAAGCAAACACUUUCACCUACUAUCACAAAUAAACGUUCAAGUCCAUCUAUGGGGGGUAGAUCGAUCAAUAACACCAAUGGCAGCAAUAUGAAUAACAGUAACAACAACAAUGUCAAUACAUAUCAUCGAAAUAAAAUCAGUACUGGUUUGGCGGCAGGACCGUCAUCGUCCUCCGCAAUUACAACAACUUCAAAUUCUUCAUCACAGCAAGCAUCACCAUCAUAUCAUACGUCUAUAACGUCAUAUGAUUCACAUCAACAACAACAACAACAAUUGGAUUCAUCAUAUGAUCGCUCGAAAAGAGGAAGAUACGCACGGACAGCAAAUGUUACAAACAAUGACACAGCGUUUUUCAACAAAGCAACAGGAAAACGGAGAGAUGGUUUGAUUGUGGACGAUGUAUAUACUGAACAAGACCUGGAACAUGUACAUCCUAUUCAUCGAUCAAAACUAGAACAGUCAACAAGACAAGCUUGGGGCAUUCCUAUGGAUUUGGAUAUGAUAGAAUUAGCUACUCGACUUAGUAGAAUGACAGAUGAUCAAGUAGAUGAAUUCCAAUCCAUCAUUCAAAAGACGAUGACGAAGGAUAUGACAAUUGAAGAAACAGAUGAAGAAAUCAUGGUAGAUUUAUAUUCUCUAGGACCGCAAUUACUGAACUCUCUAUGGCAAUACACUGAAAAAUUCGAUUCCUCUCCGUCAAUGACAUCAAGUACUUCCAAAGAAGCUGACAAUAAUAUGAAUGGCUAUAACGGGCUCUUGGAUACAUGA